GUGCUGGGGGCCUUCGCUACUACCCGCUCUGGCCGCGGGCGCCUCCCAGCAUCGCUUCUAGAUAAGCCUGGGCCCGGUUGCUGAGGACGUCAUCAGAGCGCGGUCGAGCCUCCAGCCCGCCCCUCGCGUGCCUUCCUCUCUCCUCCCGUCCCGUGACGCGGCCCCGGCGGAGCAGUUGACACACCGAGAGGCGCUCCAACCCCGGCCUGCGCCCGCCGCCCUCCCGACCAUGGCGGCUCUCACACUCCUCUCCUCCCGCCUGCGCCUCUGCGCCUCCGCCUACCGCUCCGGGGGCGCCUGGUCCCAGGGAUGUGCUGGCUACUUUUCAACUAGCACGCGUCGUCAUACCAAAUUUUAUACGGAUGCAGUGGAAGCUGUAAAAGACAUCCCUGAUGGUGCAACAGUGCUGGUUGGUGGUUUUGGGUUAUGUGGAAUUCCGGAGAAUCUUAUAGGAGCUUUGCUAAAGACUGGAGUAAAAGAACUUACUGCAGUCAGCAACAAUGCAGGGGUUGACAACUUUGGUUUGGGCCUUUUACUUCAAUCCAAGCAGAUAAGACGCAUGAUCUCUUCAUACGUGGGAGAAAAUGCAGAAUUUGAACGACAGUACUUAGCUGGUGAAUUAGAAGUAGAGCUGACACCUCAGGGCACCCUGGCAGAGAGGAUCCGUGCAGGUGGGGCAGGUGUUCCUGCAUUUUACACCAGCACAGGGUAUGGCACCCUGGUGCAAGAAGGAGGGUCCCCGAUCAAAUACAACAAAGACGGCAGCAUUGCCAUUGCCAGUAAACCGAGAGAGGUGAGGGAAUUUAAUGGUCAGCACUUUAUUUUGGAGGAAGCAAUCAGAGGGGAUUUUGCUUUGGUGAAAGCCUGGAAGGCAGACCGAGCUGGAAACGUGAUUUUCAGGAAAAGUGCAAGAAAUUUCAACCUGCCGAUGUGCAAAGCUGCGGAAACCACAGUGGUGGAGGUUGAAGAAAUUGUGGAUAUUGGAUCAUUUGCCCCAGAGGACAUUCAUAUUCCUAAGAUUUAUGUACAUCGCCUUAUAAAGGGAGAAAAAUAUGAGAAAAGAAUUGAGCGUUUAUCAGUCCGGAAAGAGGAAGAUGUAAAAACCAAAUCUGGUAAACUUGGAGAUAAUGUAAGAGAACGGAUCAUCAAGCGGGCGGCUCUUGAAUUUGAGGAUGGCAUGUAUGCUAAUUUGGGCAUAGGAAUCCCACUUCUGGCCAGCAACUUUAUCAGCCCAAAUAUGACUGUCCACCUGCAAAGUGAAAAUGGAAUCCUGGGUUUGGGUCCAUAUCCUUUACAAAAUGAAGUUGAUGCAGAUCUAAUCAACGCAGGCAAGGAAACAGUUACUGUUCUUCCAGGAGCCUCUUACUUCUCCAGCGAUGAAUCAUUUGCAAUGAUUAGAGGGGGACAUGUCAAUCUAACAAUGCUAGGAGCCAUGCAGGUUUCCAAAUAUGGUGACCUGGCUAACUGGAUGAUACCUGGGAAGCUGGUGAAAGGAAUGGGAGGGGCUAUGGAUCUAGUGUCCAGUGCCAAAACCAAAGUGGUGGUCACCAUGGAGCAUUCUGCAAAGGGAAAUGCACAUAAAAUCAUGGAGAAAUGUACAUUACCACUGACGGGAAAGCAAUGUGUCAACCGCAUCAUUACUGAAAAGGCAGUGUUUGAUGUGGACAGCAAGAAAGGUCUGACUCUGAUUGAACUCUGGGAAGGCCUGACAGUGGAUGACAUAAAAAAGAGCACUGGGUGUGAUUUUGCAGUUUCACCAAAACUGAUACCAAUGCAGCAGGUCGCAACUUGAAAUGUGGAACAGAUAUUUGUCCCAAGCUGUGUGCUUUUCAUUUUAGCCACAUAGGAUUUUAUUGAAAAGACAUCAGUAAUUGUAAUUGUAUUCAAACAAGUAGUUUUUGAUUCGUUUUCUUCUAGUGUCUUAUGCUUUAUACAGCCAUAUAGACUUUGUUCUCUCAGAUGUACUCUGACAUUUCAAGGAAAAACAAAAAGAAAAAUUUGAUUCUCUUAUUAGCUUUUAAGUGCUGAGAAGGUUUUCUUUGUAGUUGGUGCUCACAUUGAAUUUAUCUUCAUCAUCUGUGGUAUGUAUAUUAAAUUGUGUUAGUUUGUACCAAGAUGGGCCCAUAGGAAAGUUUCAUUGAUAUACUCUCCCUUCAAACUAAAUGAUGACAUAGAAAAAAAGAAUGAGGGAGAAAAAGAAUUCCAUCCAGAGUCUACUCGAGGCAACAUUGUAUUAGUUCUGAAAGAUGACAUUUGUGUGAAUUUGAAUUAGAAGAAACGCUGUCUUAAGGAAUAGGGCUUUCCUAUAGUUUCCGCUGUCUUUUCUUUGGGGGCCUUUGAUUUUGUCAUUAAUUAUAUCUUGUUUCUCUAAAGCAUCCUUUUUCCUCCCACCUUUUUUUUGUAAUUAAAUAGAUGCCCAAGAAGGCAAACAGGAACAUCUGUGUGGGAGAGUAACCUGGUUUGUGGGAGUGACUAAAGGAUGUAGGGUCUAUUGGUGCUAACAUCCAACCAGGAAGUUGCCUUUGUAAACUAGCCAACCAACCUCUGUGCUUUGCCAAA